AUGCAUAACCACCCAACGGAACCCCUCAAAACCCUGAUAGACUCUGGCGCAACUUCCAAUUUCAUAUCACCCGCCAUAGUCGAAAAAUAUAAAAUUCCAAAAACCCUACUUGAAAAUCCACAAGUAGUGAGAAUGUUAGAUGGUACAAUUUCCCAGACUGGUCGCAUUUGGCACCAGGUACAACUCGCGGUCUCGGCCAAUGGCCACCCCCACACUAUCCCAUUUCUUGUUUGUCCCAUUGGCAACACCCCGGCAAUCCUAGGCAUGACAUGGUUAAUGGCGGAAACUCCUCUUAUUGAUUGGCAACAAGGUCUAGUAACAUUCCCUGAACAAAUUCAAAUUGCCUCCAAGGAAGAAGCGGACUCAGAUCCCCUAGCAGACCUUCCCUCUCAAUACCAUGAAUUUGCUAAAGUCUUUGGCGAGGAAGAAUUUAAGGUCCUCCCUCCCCAUAGGGAGUACGACAUCUCUAUAGACCUUGCUCCGGAUGCCAAACUGACCCCGGGCCCCAUAUAUGGCAUGACUGAUGCGGAGUCCAAGGCGCUCAAGAAACAUAUUGAUGAAGAACUAGCCACGGGCAAGAUUCGCCCCAGUACUUCAUCAGCAGGUGCCCCAGUAAUGUUUGUGAAAAAAGCAGAUGGAUCCCUCAGGCUGGUAGUCGACUAUAGGAAGUUGAAUGACGUCACCUACAAAAACGUCUACCCCCUUCCCAGACAAGAUGACCUUAUGGCCAAGCUACGGAACGCCAAGUUAUUUACCAAGUUGGACUUACAAUGGGGUUACAACAAUGUUCGGAUCAAAGAGGGCGACGAGUGGAAAACAGCUUUUAGAACCAAAUAUGGUCUCUUUGAGUACUUAGUCAUGCCCUUUGGCCUUACAAAUGCCCCGGCAGCGUUUCAACACUUCAUGAAUGACCUUUUUAGGGAUCUGAUUGACGUAACGGUGGUCAUUUACUUGGACGACAUCCUCAUCUUCUCCGAAAAUCCAGAAGAACACCCGGCCCAUGUCAAAGAAGUACUGUCCCGAUUAAUGAAGAACCAGCUGUUCUGCAAACUGUCGAAAUGUUAUUUCCACGUCACCACAGUUGAUUACCUGGGCAUUGUUAUCUCCCCUGCGGGAUUCUCCAUGGAUCAGAAGAAGAUCAAGGCAGUUACAUUGUGGCCUCAGCCCAAGACAGUCAAGCAGGUACAGGCAUUCCUAGGGUUCGUAAAUUACCUCCGCCGCUUUAUCCCCAACUUCAGUUCCGUGGCACGCCCCCUCCACAACCUCACACGAAAGGAAACCCCCUGGUCAUGGGGUAACCUAGAAGAAGCGGCAUUCCAGGAACUGAAAGCUCUUGUCACCCGGUCACCGGUCUUAAUCCAUUCCAAUCCCAAACUUCCAUACUACCUAGAAACAGAUGCAUCAGGAGUAGCCAUGGGAGCAAUUCUCAGCCAGAGGGGAAGAUAA